AUGUUGCCCGACUUGAAGGAAUUUCUUAUGCCGCCGGCAGGGAAGCACAUGAUGUCUCAACUCCGUGACGCCUUCAAAGACGCGAAUUCGACAGAAAAGCGCGUCAUUGUUAUUGGCAUGGACAGUUUCACAGAGCCGGCUAUAUACGACUAUCAAGAGUACAACUACUAUCCGAUCACGACCAUUCCGGAACUUCUUCUGUCGCAAGCUACAGACCUCGAAAUGGUGUCCAGCCUUGGCUUCGACCCUCUCCUUCCGAAGGACUUCCGAGCGGAGAACAGAAGAAUCAACAUUGAGAGAAUCCAGCAGGUAGCAUUGAGUCGUCUGGGCCGGUCUGCGAACGAGCUGUUGCAACCAUAUUCCCGAUGGCCACUGGAAGAAGAAAGCAUGGCCUAUCGAAAACUUGGCGAACACUCACUGGACGCCUCAGUGAUUGAGUUACUCGCUAUUCACAUCAGCAAAAGACCAAGUAUAAGCGGCGUACACGAAGCCUUUGAACGGCUUGACGCCUUUUCGGAAUGGCGUGAGGAAAGGAAUCGACUUGAGGGUGAGCCAGUAAGCCGUUGGAAGGACUUUUCAAAGGAGACACGGGAAGCAAUUGAAGAGAUAGAAGGGGACCCAAGCAGGUACGAGUGGGAGAGUAUGCUUCUUGAACAAAUUGUUCUCUAUGGCGACGUCGAUCAAGGAUGGUCAGAUAUUGUUCUUGAGGAUGACCUCAAACGGGCCGUAACCCAAAUAGUCAACCUAGCCAACGCGGAUCCAGCUGCGCAAACAGAGCUCCUCCGCCAAUCCCGAAUCAACGGCGCGCUUCUCUACGGACCCCCAGGGACCGGGAAGACCCAUCUCGCUCGAGUACUGGCUCAUGAGUAUGGGGCGGUCAUGAUCAAUGUCUCAGCCGCUGAUAUCGAGAGCAAGUGGGUGGGCGAAUCGGAAAAGACAAUCAAGGCCCUGUUCAACCUAGCAGCCAAGUUGUCGCCCAGUAUCAUCUUCAUCGAUGAGGCGGACGCCAUGUUCCGCAAGCGUCAGACCAAGGACACGGCAUGGAGUCGCAGUUUCUUGAAUAUCUUCACAACAGAGGGCAUCCCCUGGGGUCACAUUCCUCGAACCUUUCAAGACGCGAUGCUGUACGCAAGGAGACUGAAUCUCGAGUACAUAUGGAUCGAUUCCAUGUGCAUCAUCCAGGGUGACGACGAGGACUGGAAAUCGGAAUCCACACGGAUGUUCGAAUACUACUCAAACGCGUACAUCACGCUGGCUUCGACUUUCUCGACCAACUGUCACGGGGGGUUCUAUAGUGAGAAACAUGUCAAAUCCUCGAGACUCUACCUUCUGGACGUAGAAUUCCGAGGCGAAAGAUACCCCGUUUACGCCUUUCGCUACAUCCCCCAAGGGAAAGACUUCAACCUCCACGAAAUGUACGAUUCCAAAGACUACUUCAACCAGUUCCCGCUCCUCAAGCGAUCCUGGAUCUUCCAAGAGCGGCUCGUCUCGCCACGGCUGCUGUAUUUCACCCAGAAGCAGCUGAUUUUCGACUGUUACGUCUCGCGACGGUUCCAAGAAACAGACGAGGCCAGCUUCGCGGAACACAAGCAGCAGUACGGGGCAGCCCUGCGCAAAGAGUACAAGAGUAAACCGGAGGAUCUGUGGCAGGACUUGGUCACGGCGUUCUCUUCGCUGGGGAUUACCUACCCCAAGGACAAACUGCCCGCCGUCGCCGCCGUCGCGAAGCAGCUUCUGUCGUUCCAGACACCGCAUUCGCCGGGGCAGGAGUACCUCUGCGGCCUACGGAAAACGCUUCCCGCGCGGUCAACAAUACGUGGCGCCGUCGUGGUCAUGGGUAUCAUUACCUGCGAGGGUGGACUUCACUCACCCAACCACCGACACCCGGAGGAGAUCUACUCUCGCCUUACGAGAAGAGAAUCUGAAUUUUACGGGUGA